GCGAUUGAAUAGAACCAAUAAAAUCUACGUUGUGUAAUGAAAUGAAAGUAAAGCUGCAAGUGAAGGCCACACAGCUGACAAAACAGGCAUUGUAAUCGAUCACCGAUAGUCACCCAGGUUAGCUUCAGCCCCAGCCGGACAACCACCGUGACAGGAGGCUGGCUUGGCAAAUAACACCGGAUUGGAACAAUUCUAAAAUCAAAUGGCUGGGGCGGAGGAGAUCUUUCUCCGGGCAAAACAUCGGACAUUCACUGGACUCAGUGAAGAUAUCGAGCAUGAGUGGAUGGGCCCAUUCUACUUCAUCCAGGCUGCAGACCCCCAGCUUGGCCUGAUGAAGGCAUGGCGAGAGGGCGACUGCAAAGGUGGAGGAGAUGAAUGGACUGAGGAAGUUGAGCUCACCAAACAAGCGGUGGAAGCCAUGAACCAGUUGCGUCCUCGGCCAAGGUUUAUGGUGCUGUGCGGUGACUUGGUCCAUGCCAUGCCAGGAGCCCCUUUCAGGGAGGAUCAAGAGCGAGAUCUCAAGACGGCAUUGAAGGGGACGGACCCUUCUAUCCCACUCGUGUUCGUCAGUGGCAACCAUGACCUCGGAAACACUCCUACCCCCAGAACAGUUGAGCAGUACUGCAGGGAAUGGGGUGAUGACUAUUUCAGCUUCUGGGUGGGCGGAGUCCUCUUCCUAGUUCUGAACUCCCAGUUGUUCUACGACGCUUCGGCCUGCCCUCAGUUGAAGGAGGCUCAAGAAACGUGGCUGGAUGAGCAGCUGAACAAAGUCUCAUCUCCCACAGCACCCAAACACAUCGUAGUGUUCCAGCACAUUCCCUUGUACAUAAAGAAGCCCGAUGAGGAAGAUGACUACUUUAACCUCCAGAAGGAAGUCAGACAAAACCUGAUGGACCGAUUUAAGAGAGCUGGGGUGAAGGCGGUCUUCUCCGGCCACUAUCAUCGGAAUGCAGGCGGAUGCCACGGCGGCCUCGAUAUGGUCGUGAGUUCGGCCAUCGGCUGCCAGCUAGGCGAGGACGCCCACGGCGUCAGGGUGGUGGUGGUGACGGCCGACCGCGUGGUCCAUCGAUAUCACAGCCUGGAGCGGAUGCGAACGGGGGGGAUGGAUGAGGAUCUCCAGAAGCUCCUGCAGUCAUGAUGGUCUACCAAGUCUCUUCAUUUUUUUUUCUCUAAUGAAAUGCAAGAACAUGAAUCUUACCCUAUUCACAGUUUCAUUCUAUUGCAGCUGAAUGUCUAAUGCAAUUUAAUUCAGGACUUGGGGUCAUUUUCCGAUUUGCUCGGAUUUAGAAGAUUUGGUAAUAAUAAUCAUUUCAAUGAUAAAACUGUCAUGAUUAUCCAGGCAUCCAUUUGCAAAAUACGCUUAUCCUCACGAGGGUUGCGGGCAUGCUGGAGCCCACCCCAGAUAUCUUUGGGCAGUAGGCGGGGGUACACAGAGAAACACUUGUACACACCAAAUUUAAUGCAUUACUAGUUUUGAAAUCAGUCAACUGCAAGAGUCAAUUAUUGUUCAAAUGAGUGUAAGCAGGGUAACAAAAUUGCUGCAAAAUAUCAUUUAUUAUACAUGACAAUUUGACAUUCGAUACAGAUUUUAGCAAGGAUCAUGCAAAUUGACACAUGAUUUUCUUUUGGAGGGCCACAAUAAAUGACGUGGUGGGCCGGAUCUGGCCCCUGGGCCUUAACUUUGACACCUGUGAUUUAGAGUGUUCCAUUAACCUGCCGUGCAUUUUCUUGGAAUUCUGGGAGAAAACCCACGCAGGCACAAGGAGAGCAUGCAAACUCCACACAGCAAGUAAAAAUAUCGCGAUGACCCGCCCGGGAUUGAACUACCAACCUCUGUGUCUGGAAACUUCAAACAAGUAAAUUGUACACAGUGAAAACAACAGUUUGACAGCCAUUUUUUUUUCUUUGCAGGGAUUUUUUUUUUGUUCAGUAUGAACACGUUACAACAUAAACACACACAUUGAACAAUGUUUUGGCAAUGUGAAGUGCAGCUACAAUGAACAUGGUUGCGCAGCUUUUGAAGCGAAGCUCUUGAUGUCAAUCAUUUUCAUGCGCAAAGCCAAUUUGAAAGUCACGUGAAUGUCAACCAAUGCGACUGAGGUGACAUUCCAAAGAAAUAGAAUUAUCGUUGCAAUGAUGCCCCCUAGGGGUUAAGAACGGGAUUGAGAUGUUUUUUUUUUAAUUGUGCACGAUUAUUAAGAUGUAAGAAAACCUUUAUUAGUCUCGCAAUGGAGAAAUUCCAGAUUCACCGCAGCAAAGUUAUGAAAGGAAGAAGUAGAACAACAAAAAAAUAGGAGCUGCUGGAAAGGCAGCCACUCUGAAGUCAAAAUAACAAAAAUAACACAAGACAACACAUAGGACAGAGACAGUCGUGCAAUCUUCACCACUUUUCUGCAUACACUUGAUAACUUGAGAUGCUAUUACACAUGAUUCAAAUGUUUAGCACGUAUAUAAUACUCAUAUAUGCUUGAAGAGUGAUCGUACAAAAAGCAGGAACCAUUUGAUUUCAUCCUUUCUUUUUUAAUCUUCUCUAUUGGGAACAAAAAAAAGUAAGCUUUCUUCUUUUCCAGUCCCCAUGAAGGAUUUAGAAGAGUUUGUUUGUUUCCCACUGAUCUGUACUAAUCUUUCACGUCUUCUUCCCGCAUUCUGAGCAAAUAAUCCCUCCCAAAUUCAUUUGUUUUCCCACGGUGAGGAUUACAUUUCUUAUAUUUUAGGGCAAGAUUGGGAAAACAGACUCAAAUUUGACACUUUGCACCUCACCUCUCCACUUUGUAUAUUCACUUUUUCAGGGGCCGCCGUUACUACAGUGGACAGUUUUAAACUUUGAACAGUUUUUAACUGUCCACUGUAGUAACCGUUGAUCAUGCUAUCAGGUUACGGGUGCAUGAAAGUGUGAAAAGAAUCAAAUUUUGGUUGAUCGAAACACUUCGUUUAGCUCGCGCGUCAUAUGACGCUCGCGGAGUCAAAGCUGAAAUCCAUCUUGCCGCGUUGAAGUCCCACCGGAUACGACUGUGCUGAAACAAAACAAAAACAAAAAAUGCGCUUUUUGUUUGUGAGACCCAAAUAUUUCGCUUCAAUUAUGCGUGCGGAAGGGCUCACGCAAUCACCCAGACGUGCUGCGAUAGUUGUCAUGGCAACCUUUUCAAGCAACACAUCGUGUGUGUCUUGGAGAAACAACCAGAAAAGAGUGUACUUUGCCUUAUUUGUGUCCAGCCACUGUCAGCUUUGUUUGGUGAUAUUUUUUCCAUCAGCAUCACUCUGACCUGAUUUCAAAACUGAUGCUUUCUGUCUCUUCCCUUCCAAAAAUGUCAGCAGGUGAAGGGGGGGCAUAAUAAGCAUGACGUGUGGAAGACUAUCUCCUUCAUUUCUAGCCUUAUAUACUUUCCUCAUAGCCAAGCAUAAAUGGCUUCACCCGGUGUCGCAGUGGCUGCCACGCAUUUGAAAACGUCUAAUUGUAACAAAUGACCAUACAACACCCUGUGACCUGAUCUGUGAUAUUUUUAUAAUAAAUGUUUAUUUUAAUGUGA